AUGUUUGUCAGCAUCACAGCACUCAUUUUCUAUUUUGGCCUUUUGGAUUUUGGCCUGGGCGUCGAUCAACUAAUUUUUGUACAAACGGUCUGGCGCCACGGCGACCGUACCCCAGUGUGGGACUACCCCGGCGACCCGAAUGCCGACUACCAGUGGCCAGUCGGGCCUGGCGAGUUGACGCCGCACGGCGAGGAGCAGCACAAGGUGUUGGGUGGCAUCUUUCGGCAACUGUACGCCACCGGCCAGAACUCGUUUCUGAAUCCGAAUUAUGAUGAGAAAGAGAUUUACAUCCGGUCCACCGAAAUGCCGCGAGCCAUAGAUUCGGCAAAAGCUGAUAUGCAGGGCUUCUUCCCGGACCUGACGGCCGGAAAUGCUGAAGAACCGGCUUACCGCUCCCGAAUUCCGAUUCAAACCGAGGACAUCAAGACCGAUUUUGCCGGGUUCCUCCCGGACUGUCCGGGUCACGAUCGUGCGCUUGUUGAAUAUAUCGAUCGGAUCGAGGCGCCGGUGCUGGCCAAGUAUCAGGAUUUACUCGACCUCAUCCACGAAAAUACUGGCCUCAACAUCAGCCUGCACAACUGGGACCCAUAUAUGAUUUACGAUCUUUUCCAUAUUCAGAGGGACCUCUACCACAUGCCAGUCCCGGAUUGGUUCACCACACAAGUCCAGUACCGUACCAAGCAGUUGGCCAUUUGGAGGGUCGACGCGUUUUUGGGAUAUGGAAAUCCGCAUUCGGUGGAGGUGGCGAGGUUUAGAGGCGAGCUCCUCAAAGAAAUGCUGCAACGUAUGGAUGAUAAGCUGGCUUGCGCCCAGAAUCCACAAACUCCAGGAUUGAACUGUACCUUCCUGGCACCCUUAAAAUUCUAUGCAUACUCAGCGCACGAUCUGACCGUAGCGAGCUUGCUCGCCUCGUUGGGCAGCUACUUGUCAAUUCCAGGCCGUUUCCUGCACUAUACCGUAUGCGCAACUAUGGAAUUGUGGAUGAGGGACGGGGUGCCGUAUGUUAAGAUCCUACUACGUUCCACGCCGUGGGGAAACUUCCACGUCUUUACGCCGUUCACCCCCGGAUGCCCGGAGGCUCCAUUUUGUCCAUUAUCGACCCUGAAAGACCGGAGCGCGCCGUACUUGCCGAAGAACAUCACAGCUGCCUGCGGAGUCGCG